AAUGACAUUUAAAACCCUAAUAGUAUUGCUAUUAGUAACAAUGGCAGUUGCAACAGAGAGUCCUGCACUUGAAAAAUUAAGAAAUAAAUUAGACAAUAAUGAAUAUAAUUCUUAAUUAGUUGAAUUAUUAGAAUUAAGCUUGGCAGGUGGAUAGUUGGAUAGAGUGUUUGAAUUAUUAUAAAAAAUGGUUGAUGAUUUAAUAGGAUAAAUCAAUACAGCAAAUUUAGAUCAUGCUUCAAGAAUGGCUGCAUUUGAAUCAAGUAUUGAAUAAUUAGAAGCAAAUUUGGCAUCAUUAUCAAGUGAUGUAUAAAUUAAUAACAGAAAAAUUGGUGAAAUCACUUAAGAAAUCUCUACUCUUACUUCAACUAGUGUAGCUGUUAAGAAAUAAUUAUAAACAGUUAAUUAAAGAGAAGAAUAAAUAAGAGAUAAUAGAUAAAAAGAAAUUGAAGCAUUGGAAACAAAGUAAUCUGCUAGUUCAAAGAUUUUAGCAGCUUUAGAAGAUAUACAUGAUAGAUUAGUAAAAGCAGUUCUUUCAAAUACAGGAUCAUUUCUUGAGGAAAAUGAAAAAAAAGAAAUGAUUAAAUAAGUAAAAAAUGAAUUAGGUCGUAAACAUCCAUUAGCAUUAUUAUUAGAAUUCUCAUCUAAGUAAAAAAAUAGAUUUAUAGUAUUUAUAGAUUUGAUGAAGCUACUGCUAAAAGAGCAAUUGAAUUGAUUGAAUAAAUUAUAGCAUCUAUAAAGGAAGGAUAAUAAAAUAGAGAAGCAAAUCAAACAGCAGUUGAAUAAAACUUUAAUUCUUUAGUGAAUGAGGUUACUGUUGUAAGAGAAAAAUUAGAAUAAGAUAAUCAAAAAACUACUAGUGCUUUAAAAAAUAGAUAAAAUGAUUUGGUAAUUUAUAUAUAAUAUAUUUUUAUAGAAAAUUACAUAAAGAAGAAAUAAAUAAUUAUCAUAAAACUUAAUAAAUACUUAAUAAUUAUUAGAAACUACAAGAGUCUAAAAAGAUUUAUAUGAUUCAAAUUUCAGAUCCAAUGCAAGCAAGAAAGAAGGCUAAUUGAAUUCGUUAAAGACUGCUUUAUAAAUUUUGAGGGACAACGAAUAAGCAUUGAAAAAAUGAUUU